UCCUCGUCCAUGGUGGGUCUUUUCAGGCUGCAAUGGAGUCUCUGAGACUGGUGCUGGGAAGAAUUGCAGCGGCUGGGCUGAAACUGCACCCAGAAAAGUGCCACUUUAUGCAGCGGGAGGUGGAGUUCCUGGGCCACCGAGUGAACGGUGAGGGCAUCAGCACGCUGGAGGAGAAGGUCCGCACCAUUAAAGAUUGGCCCAGUCCAAGGGACCAGAAGCAGUUGAAAAGCUUCUUGGGGCUGGCCUCGUACUACAGACGGUUCGUGAAGGGAUUCUCUUGCAUCGGGGCGCCCUUAUUCCACCUCCUUAAAGACAACCAACCCUUCCUCUGGUUGCCGGAUUUUCAGGAGGCGUUCUGCAGCCUAAAAAGAGCCCUCAUGAAUGCUCCUGUUCUCACCCCGCCAGAUCCAGCCUUACCUUUUGUGCUGGACACAGACGCAAGUAAUGUCGGCAUGGGGGCGGUGUUGUCUCAGGUGGGGCCGGAAGGUGAGCAAGUGGUGGCCUAUUUCAGCCGCACUUUCAACAAGAGUGAACGACGCUAGUGUGUUACCAGACGUGAACUGCUAGCAGUUGUUUUGGCUACACGCCAUUUCAAGUAUUACCUGUGUGGCGUGCCUUUCACCAUCAGGACAGAUCACGCUGCACUACAGUGGCUGAUGUCAUUCAAGGAACCAGAAGGCCAAGUAGCACGGUGGCUGGAGGAGCUGUAGGUGUUUCACUUCACUGUGGUACAUCGGGCUGGGGCUCAACACGCCAACGCUGACGCCCUUUCCCGGCGGCCAUGUUCUGUUAGUGGCUGCAGCUACUGCGACCGGCGGGAUGCCAUGGAGUUGGAGCUGCGUGGGGAAGCGACUGCUGCUGGACCGUCAUGCUGCACCUUGGAGGCUUGGGUCCAGAGUGGCUGGAGGCCACCCUGGGAAGGAGUGAUGGGACCCUACGCUGCCACCAAAGGCUUUUGGAGCAAGUUUGCUGUGUUACGCAUGAAGGACGGCGUGUUGCAGCGUGCCUGGAAGGAACCAGCCACCGGGGAGGAGAGAUGGCAGGUGGUAGUGCCCGGAGCUCUUAAAGAGAUGCAUCGAUGGGACGUAGAGGACUUCUGCCGGCGCUGUGACGAGUGUGCGGCCUACAAGGGACCUCAAGACCAAUCGCACGCACCGCUUCAGCAACACAGGGUUGGGGCGCCCAUGGAGAGGGUUGCUGUGGACAUUAUGGGCCCUUUCCCCAUGACGGACAGAGGGAACCGUUACGUGCUAUGUGCGAUGGACUAUUUUACUAAGUGGCCCGAGGCAUACGCACUGCCAGACCAAGAGGCGGAGACACUGGCGGAUGCGCUACUGGAGGGCAUGUUCUGUCGGUUUGGGACUGCAGAUAUCCUCCACAGUGACCAAGGUAAAAAUUUUCAGUCCAAAGUUUUUGCUGCUCUUUGUAAACGCCUGGACAUGCAGAAAACACGCACCACACCUUUGCAUCCGCAGAGCGAUAGUCUUGUGGAACGAUUUAACCGCACCAUGCAGCAGCAGCUCGCCAUCCUCACCUCCAAACACCAACGUGAUUGGGACCAGCACAUUCCGCUGGUACUGAUGGCUUAUCGUUCAGCGGUCCAAAGUUCCACGAGCUGUACUCCUGCUCUGCUGAUGCUGGGCCGGGAAAUUCGGACACCGGCAGGGAUGGCGUUUGGAAGACCUCCCGGCAGCUCAGAGGACCAGCCGGGGCUGGAGUAUGCCCGGAAACUGCAGGAUCGGCUGGAGGCAGCGCACGCAUUCGCGCGGGACCAGCUGGAGAAAGCCGGCGCACGUCAACAGCGAAACUAUGACUUGCGGAGUAAGGGGCGUAACUUCCAGACUGGGGAACUGGGAUCCUUAGUCAAACUGCACAUUCCGGCAUAUCUACAGAUACUGUGGGUGUGCCUUUGA